GUCAUGAACGUCGAAUUUCUCAGAUUCAGCAGUUGAACCAGAUGCCUUUGUAUCCAACUGAGAAAAGCGUAUGGGAUGAAAAUAUUGUCCCAACCGAGUGUUAUUCAGGGGAAGGUUGUCUUGCUCUUCCCAAGCUAAAUUUGCAGUUUUUGACUCUUCAUGAUUACCUCCUAAGGAACUUUAAUCUCUUCCGCUUAGAAUCAACUUAUGAAAUUAGGCGGGACAUCGAAGACAGUGUCAGCAGAAUGGAGCCUGGGCGGUCUGUGGUAUUUGGUGGCUGGGCGCGAAUGGCUCAGCCCAUUGUGGCUUUCACUGUGGUUGAGGUUGCCAAACCCAACAUAGGCGAAAACUGGCCAACCCGAGUUCGUGCAGACGUCACCAUCCAUCUCAGUGUCAGAGAUCACAUCAAAGAUGAGUGGGAAGGCCUUCGUAAGCAUGAUGUGUGCUUUUUAAUUACUGUGCAUCCCACAAAACCGUAUGGUACCAAGUUUGACCGGAGGAGACCUUUUAUUGAGCAGGUUGGCCUGGUUUAUGUCCGAGGCUGUGAAAUCCAGGGCAUGCUGGAUGAUAAAGGACGUGUCAUCGAAGACGGACCCGAACCCAGACCCAAUCUUCGAGGAGAGUCAAGGACAUUUAGAAAUCGGGGUCCUUACCCUUACAACCAACACAAGUGUAAUGCGGUUCCGUUCACUCACACACAGACAGAGGCCACCCCCGCUGGAAUGCAGCCUGGGCUGACGGUUGUGGGCCCACCGGGCACAGGAGAAACAGAGGUGGCGGUUCAGAUCAUAUCCACUAUGUACCACAAUUUCCCAGAGCAGAGAACUCUGAUUGUUACUCAUUCCAAUCAGGCCCUGAACCAGUUGUUUGAGAAAAUCGUGGCUUUAGACAUUGACGAGCGCCACCUCCUGCGUCUGGGUCAUGGAGAAGAAGAGCUGGAGACAGAGAAAGAUUUCAGCAGGUAUGGAAGGGUUAAUUAUGUCCUGGCUCGAAGAAUAGAACUUUUAGAAGAAGUUAAACGAUUGCAAAAAAGCCUAGGGGUUCCAGGGGAUGCUUCAUAUACUUGUGAAACAGCAGGCUAUUUCUUCUUAUAUCAGGUAAUGUCUUGCUGGGAAGAAUAUAUUAGCAAAGUGAAAAAUAAAGGUGACACAUCGCCAGAUGUCGCGGAAGCCUCCACUUUCUUCCCUUUUCAUGAAUACUUUGCAAAUGCUCCUCAACCCAUUUUUAAAGGUCGGUCUUAUGAAGAAGACAUGGAAAUUGCUGAAGGAUGUUUCAGGCAUAUUAAGAAAAUCUUUACUCAGCUUGAGGAAUUCAGGGCCUCUAAACUGCUUUGAAGUGGACUGGACAAAUACCUUUAGGUCUAAUUACCUAGAUCUAAAUACCUUUUGAUGAAAGAAGCCAAAAUCAUUGCCAUGACCUGUACUCAUGCGGCCUUAAAACGACAUGAUUUAGUCAAGUUAGGUUUCAAGUAUGACAACAUUUUAAUGGAGGAGGCUGCUCAGAUCCUGGAGAUAGAAACGUUUAUACCUCUUCUUCUACAGAAUCCUCAGGAUGGUUCUAGCCGACUGAAACGAUGGAUUAAGAUUGGUGAUCAUCACCAGUUACCUCCGGUCAUUAAGAACAUGGCCUUGCAGAAGUAUGCCAACAUGGAGCAGUCUCUCUUCACUCGCUUCGUCCGGAUUGGAGUUCCUACUGUGGACCUCGAUGCCCAAGGGAGAGCCAGGGCAAGCUUGUGCAACCUGUACAACUGGCAAUACAAGAAACUAGGCAACUUGCCCCAUGUGCAGCUCUUGCCGGAGUUUAGCACAGCAAAUGCUGGCUUGCUGUAUGACUUCCAGCUCAUCAAUGUUGAAGGUUUUCAGGGAGUGGGAGAGUCUGAGCCUAAUCCUUACUUUUACCAGAAUCUUGGAGAGGCAGAAUAUGUAGUGGCACUCUUUAUGUACAUGUGUUUACUUGGCUACCCUGCUGACAAGAUCAGUAUUCUAACAACUUAUAAUGGGCAAAAGCAUCUUAUUCGUGACAUUAUCAAUAGACGAUGUGGGAGCAAUCCAUUGAUUGGAAGACCAAAUAAGGUGACAACUGUUGGCAGAUUUCAAGGUCAACAGAAUGAUUAUAUUCUUCUUUCUCUAGUACGAACCUGGGCAGUGGGCCGUCUGGGGGAUGUUCGUCGCUUAGUGGUGGCCAUGUCUCGAGCCAGACUUGGACUUUAUAUCUUCGCCAGAGCAUCCCUCUUCCAAAACUGUUGAACUCCAGCUUUCAGCCAGCUCACGGCCCGCCCACUUCAUUUGCAUAUAAUUCCAACGGAACCUUUCCCAACCUGUAGAAAGAAUGGAGAGGGGCCAUCCCAUGAAGUACAGGUAAUACAGAAUAUGCCCCAAAUGACAAACUUUGUGUACAACAUGUGCAUGCACCUGAUACAGGCCACCCAUCGCUAUAAUCAGACUUUAUUGCAGUUACCACCUGCUAUGGUAGAAGAAAGUGAGGAAGUUCAAAGCCAGGAAGCAGAAAUGGAAACAGAAGGAGAGGGCAUGCUCACUCCUGACAUCCCCUGUCUGACAGAUGCCGGCGUCAGUCACGGACUGCUGGCCUCUCGGUGAGAUGGAGCCACCCCUGGUGAGAUGGCCACCCCUGGUCGGGCAGGGACUGGUUCCAGUCCAGGAGCCACCUCCGCUGUCUCCGAAGUCACUGCUGCUGCGGCUGGCCCCGAGGCUGUGCCCACAGAGGCCGGCACCCAGCAAGAUGCCACAUCUGCCCCAGAGACUAAAUAGCCAAUGCUAGCCUUUCUUAGGGAGGACAUUUCAUCUGUAAAGUC